AUGGAACAAGAGGAUGGUUAUACUAUUAUAGAUAAUCUCGAGGAUAUUGAAAGAAUCCCUGCAGGUAAAUGUAUUCGUAUUAGAUUUGUUGCAGUUUUACAAGAUAUUGUGUGUACUAAAAGUUCAUUGUCAUUUCAUUUGGCUACGUUUAAUGAUAAUGAUGAUACGUUUAUAACAAGAAUUAAUAUUAAAGAUACUUUUGCAAGAAGAAAUGCAAUGUUUGCAUUCUCUCUAUUGAAAAGAACUUUAAAUUUUAAUUUUUUACAAUUUCCAAUUGAUAACCAAACUGUAGAUUGGAAACGUAGAGAUAUUCAUAUCAAUGAAUUGCGUCUAGUUGUAGUCUCUACAACAUUUGUCACGAAUGGAUCAAAAUCAUCUUUAUUCUUAGAUGAUUUAAUUCCAUUGAAUCUUAUUGAACAAGCUGAUAUUGUUUGGAAAUAUUUACAAUCAAAUACUGUACAUGUCGAAAAUGAUUGGUUGACUCCACGUGUUGCGAUUCUUUUUAAAAGAUUAUGCAAAUUGGAUGCUGAAGAUAAAUCACUUUUCCAAUUUAAAAAUUUAAAAAAUAUUGAAUUUCAACAAAGGAAUGAUUGUUUACAAAAAAUUAUUAAUUUUUAUCAGUCUGCAAAUAAGAAACAACAAUGUAGAUCGAUCACUGGUACAUCAAGAGCUAUUUUGCCAAUUUACAAACCAAUAGAUACCUUUGAUUCACAAAAUGAAUUCAAUUCACAAGCAAUGGAUACUCAAACUUCUUUAAACGUGGCUCCAAUAAUAAAGAAAAAGAUUACUCCUUUUAAAUCACCUGAAUUUAACCCACAACCUCAAAGAAUUGCACAACAAUCAAAUGAAAAUGCAUUCAAAGCACACAUGUUGGAACAUGGUCCUUCUAAGCAACAACAGCCAGUGAAGAAUGUUGAGACAGUGAAAAAUUUAGAGGAUUUAAGACCAAAAGCAUUCGCUUUCAUGGAUUUAGGUUCAGUUAGUAUGUCUACCGCUAAAUUUGUUGGAACAGGGGUUUCUUAUGGUGAUAUGGAUGAUACUUAUUUAAUUCCCAGUCAAAUGGAUAAUUUGACAAAUCCAACAAAUGGAAAUUUACUAGAACCUUAUAUCAAUUGUGUAGCGGUAAGGUCUACCAAAGAAUCUACUGAUAUUCUUGAUCAAUUUGUUGAUACAGAUAUCGAAGCAAAUUUAAAUGCUACAAAAUAUAAAAUGGGAACUAAUGAUGAUUCUCCAUAUACCAUCGUCCCUCAAUUAAAAUCUUAUAAAGUACCAGAUAAAACAAUCCCAGGAAAAGAAUUUUCACUUCCAUCACCAAGAGAAAAAUUUAUACAAUGGCAAGAUAUUAGUAUUACGGAUCAAUUCCCACAAUAUGUUAAAAUAAUUGCAGUAUUAUUAGGAUUUUCUAAUGAACAUUCAAAUUAUUAUGAUUUAAUAUUUACAGAUUUUACAACGAAUCAAACCAAUCAUAAAUAUUUAUUUGAUAGAUCUUUCCUUGCUGGAAAUACUACUAUCUCUUAUGAUCAAGGUUUUAGAACUUUAAUGUAUCAUAAUCAACUCGAAAAUUUUGAAACAGAAUUGAAAGUUUUGACGAAUAAAGAUAUAAUUGGACUUGCAAAUUCAUCUCUUCAGGAUAAUCUUUCGCAUAAUGGUAUUGUGUGUGAAUUAACCAUUAAAGUCACAGUAUAUCAGGAUAAAUUGAAUUUAAUUCUAAGAGAAUGUACUCCCUUGACUAGAUCCUUAAUUAAUUCAAGAAAUUGGUACAAUGAUAAAACCGCAUUAGAAAAUUUACACUCAUUAUAUCAACGUACAUUUGAUUUUUGUUCUCAAAAUUGUUUAUCAUUGGGACUUGAUAAUACGAUAUAUAAGAAUUUUGCUAAAUUUUUCCCAAUGAAAAGAACAGACGAAAUUCCUGGUGCAGUAAUCGUCAUUCCAAAGGAUGAAAUAUAUCGCGAAUCACAUUCUGAUAAUGAUGAUACUGAUGACAUUAGUAAACAUAAUGAUAAUAAUAAUGCAUCAAUAGAUUCUUCCACUAACAAAACAUACUCAUAUAUUCCUAAUUUAAAUAUAGACAUUACAUCCUUCGAAAUUACUAAUGAAACUGAAAAUUUUACAUCCUUAUACAAGACUCAAACAAAUAUGAAUAAUUUAUUUAUUGUUGAUAAUUUAAAAUUAUUAUCAUGGAAAUUAAUAGAGAAUCAAAAGGUGUUGAUUUUAAAUGUAACGAAUGAUUUGGUUUCAUCUGAAAGAAUUGAACAAACAAGAAUUUUACCUCUUUAUAUUAUUAAUGACUCAAAUUUAAAAUAUUUUUGCAAUGGCUGUUUCAACGCUCAUAGCUUAACUACCGAUUUAAACAAAAUGAUUGGCCAAAAGUUUAGCUUCAAGAUUAAAACUGGUAGAUUAAAAUUAAAUGAUAAAUAUUUACUCAAGAUCUAUUGUCCUAUUGAAUGUACUCUUGCUGAGUUAAUUAGUCAAUGGGAAGUGUAUCGCCUCGGACAGGAAAUGGAAAAGAAAUAUGGUGAUUAUGAUAAUAUUAUGGUAAAAUUAGAAAAAUGA